AACUUGUUUGAUUCAAGCACUGCACUGCCUAUCUAUCUGACUCCACCUUUGGUUGCUAUCCAGAAUUUCCUCGUUGCAUUAAUUUAUGUUCAAAAUGCAAAUAUACUUAUUUUCCAAUAAAAUAAUAAUAUAAAUUCUCAUUUAUUGACAUUCGUAGUAGGAAGAAAAUUCAAGAAAGAAAUACUUCAAGUUUUGCACACAAUCACCUACCAUUCGGAGAGAGAAAAAUGGACGACCCUUAAAAAUAUAUUCUUGGAAUCUUCUCUCUGCAAAACAAUUCACCGAUUUUACUUCAUCUUCUGGCCUACCAAAUACACAUCACUUCAAUCUUCAAUCUUCAAUCUUCAAUCUUUCGAGCUUCGAUUCGUUUCUGGGAAAUUCGCAAAUUCUUGAAUUUGUAUGUCGGAAAUUCCGAGGAUUGAAACUGUUUUGACAAUUCUGUUCUCUGGGUUUAUGUUGAUUUAUUAGGGUGGUUGGAGGAGUUUUGAGAAAUAGUAGAUUGUAACUUUGAGAUUUGUUUAGGGUGAAUAUUUGUAAGUGAGCCAAAUGAAUGUGGUGGGUAGAGUUAGCAGCUUCAUAACACAAGGAGUGUACUCUGUGGCCACACCGUUUCAUCCGUUUGGUGGGGCGGUUGAUAUAAUCGUUGUUAAGCAAAAUGAUGGGACGUUUAGGAGUACGCCUUGGUAUGUUCGAUUUGGCAAAUUUCAAGGCGUUCUCAAAGGGGCAGAGAAGGUUGUCCGUAUAGAAGUCAAUGGUGUUGAAGCCAAUUUUCAUAUGCAUCUUGAUAACUCCGGCGAAGCUUAUUUUGUUAGAGAAGUUGAUGCGGACAAGGAUGAUCGUGAGGGUAUUAAGGACUCGGACAGUCUUGAAGGCGGAAGGGAGGACAAUAGCAGUGUUUAUAGUAAUGCAGAGAGCAGUCCUAAAGAAAACGAUUUUUUCGGACAAGAGAUUGAUGACUUUAAUAGUGGUGAGGUAGAGAUGCGAGAUUUACGCACUACUCUUGGUAUGAAGAGGCUAGAGAGAGUCGAGUCUGACAGCGAGCGGAUUUUCUAUGAGUUUCAAGAUGAACAAUCUUCUUUGGAUGGUUCUGUUGAGUUUUCGGAGUAUGGUUCUGGUAGAUACGAUAAUUUAGAUAGUGUGGAACAUUCAUUGGAGGAAUCAGAAAAUUCGAGUUCGGAGGUUGUUUUGGUCAGUGUAGAUGGGCAUAUACUAAUGGCACCUAUAUCAUCAAUAGUGACAGAUGCUGCGAGUGUGCAACUAAGCACACCUCAGUUUCACCUUGGUCCAGGCGAAAGGACUCAAGAGUUUAACGGAGAUGAUGAUUCGUGGACAACUAAUUAUAUGGCUGAGCUUGAUUCCCCUACAGAUGAAAUUGCCUCUGGAAAUAAUUGCAACGGAAACAAGGAUCCUCAAUCUUCUGAACACUUAGAGCCUCGACAAAGUGAUGGAGAGCGUCUAUAUCAUGUCCAAGAAAGUCUAGACUCAUCUAAUCCCGACAAGGAGCCCAGCGUAGAAAGUGGCUCUGAAAGUACAUCAGGCAGUUUAAAUAAGCGUGAUGUUUUCAAGAGUUGCUUGGAGUUCAUGGAAUUGUCACAGCAGUCGACAAACGAAGAUCAGGAGGAUAUCUGUUUGUCAGAAGACCAGAAAUCUCCUUUGAGUCCUUCGAUGAAUGACGAGUCUGUAGAACAGAAUCUUGAAAUAUCAAGAGACAAUGGAGAGUCUGGAAAUCCUAGCAGUGUCUCGUUGCCAGAGUCACAGGUUGAAGCUGUACCUCAUGAAAGAAAUACUUCCAAUUCGGAUCUCGAUGGUUUUGAUCGCAUGCGUGUUCAAUUUGUUAGCGUUGAUCAGGAGUCGGGGAAACAAGUGGAAGUUGAUCGCACUGUUGGAACAAUGAAUGAUGGUAGGGAGUCUCCUUCUGAUGUAUGUCGAGAAAAGGACUGCGUUGAACCUCAGACAGCUGCUUCAACUGGAUAUAAAAAUUUAGAUAUAUCGUUGGGGCUGGAGAUAUCUCUUUGCGGAAAGUUGCUUCAUGCUGGAAUGGGUUCAAGUGCAGCACAAGAUGCCUUCAACGCUAAGCGCAUAUCAUUGGAGGAAUUUAAACUUUCACCUGCUUCAGUAGUGAAUAAUGAAGAUCUGAUUGUUAGAAUUCAGGGGAAGUACUUACCAUGGCAUAAAGCUGCACAUGUUGUUCUCGGGAUGGCUGCUUUUGGCGUGGAUCUACCAGUUGAGCCACAUGAUGCAAUCCCGGUGGAACAGGAGAAGCCAGAAACGAAGGAAGAUGAUUCACAAUUGACACCAAUUCCGUCUCGCAGAUGGAGACUCUGGCCAAUCCCAUUUAGGAGGGUCAAGACACUUGAACAUGCCACUAGUUACUCAUCUAAUGAAGAAGUCUAUGUUGAUUCUGACUCCGGCUCACAGAGUCAACAGGCAGUUAUGACUCCCACAGCACGUACAGCCAGUGAGUCUCCUCGCAAGCAGUUUAUAAGAACCAAUGCUCCCACUACUGAACAGAUAGCAUCUUUGAAUCUCAAAGAGGGACAAAAUAUGGUGAGUUUCAAAUUCUCCACCAGAGUUCUUGGAUCCCAGAAGGUUGAAGCUCAUAUAUACUUGUGGAAGUGGAAUACUCGAAUUGUAAUUUCGGACGUAGAUGGGACUAUUACCAAGUCUGAUGUUCUUGGCCAGUUCAUGCCUUUGGUAGGAAAAGAUUGGACUCAUUCUGGGAUCGCUCAUCUUUUUUCUGCAAUAAAGGAGAAUGGGUACCAGCUCUUAUUUCUGAGUGCACGAGCAAUUGUUCAAGCAUACUUAACGAAAAGUUUCCUAUUCAACCUGAAGCAGGAUGGGAAAAGCUUGCCGAAUGGACCUGUUGUCAUUUCCCCUGAUGGAUUGUUUCCCUCAUUGUACCGAGAAGUUAUACGACGAGCUCCACAUGAAUUUAAAAUUGCCUGUUUGGAGGAUAUUAAGGCGCUGUUUCCCCCUGAUUACAAUCCAUUCUACGCGGGUUUUGGAAACAGAGACACCGACGAGCUCAGCUACCGGAAAAUUGGGAUUCCAAAGGGCAAAAUAUUCAUAAUCAACCCCAAGGGGGAGGUGGCCAUUAAUCGUCGUAUUGAUGUGAAAUCAUACACUUCAUUGCACACACUGGUGAAUGACAUGUUCCCGCCAACAUCACUGAUCGAGCAGGAAGAUUAUAACUCAUGGAAUUACUGGAAAGUUCCUUUGCCUGAUGUGGAUAACUUGUAGAAGCCCAGUUCGAGCCCGGUUAGGCCCGAAUGCGGAACUGUAUCAGUGGCUGGAGAUGCUGGGACAUAUUUUUUUGGGUAACCAGUAUUCUUGUAUUCGUCACUUUUUCUUUCUUUACUUCAACAUAUGAUUUAGUGUUAUUAACUGUAAAAAACUCAUAUCUAUAUGUAACCAUAGACCAUUCAUGCCGUACUAAAUUGAUGCAUAUCUUUAAUAAAUCUAUUCUUCCCAUUUACUUCCA